GUCAGUCAGAGCGGGCGGGGAACUGCUGGAACCCUCCGCAGUCACGAUCAGGAAGAAAGCCUAAGCUCUGGCCCCUCCCAGCCUGAAAGGCGAGGAUGGAUGUCCGGGGACAAGGGUGGGCGAACACAAGGGUGUAUUUCUGGAACUGCAAGGGAAACCUGCAGCUCGCUGAGUGGGGUUUCGGUUCUGCAAUUGGGCUUCCCUAACCCCACUCCCACACUCCUUAGACGGAGGAGAGCAAUAAGUCGCCGGUUCAAAAGAUCCGUGCUUUCUGAAAGGGGUUCAAGCACUGGAGCGUAGUCAUGCAUGAGAUUGUGAGUGAAAGGGAAAAGAAAGCGAAAUAAUUUGGCAGCGUGAUGCAAGCUUGCAUUGAGUCGUGUUUCCGGUCGCGGAAUCUCUGAUGUUAGCUCUCCCAAUCCCUUUUUUCGGUUUCUCAUUGUUGCUAUGGUUUGAGGAAGAUGAGCCUUCAUCCAGUGCCGUUGGGGGUUUGUAAUAUGGGACAUGCUGCAGAAAUGUGAUGUGGAGGGCGUAUGAUUCCUCUGCCUCUUGAAAACCUACCAGACAUUCUUGAAAGUACUCCAAAGCCUCUCUUUUCAGAAUGUCUUCAUGCAUUUCAAGCCCAUAAGCUUGAACCUAAGCUUUGCAAUGUAAACAAGUUGUUUUAUCUUAAUAUUUUACACAAAUCUUUGUUGCUCCGUUUUAGUGCUCUGUUUUUGUACUGUAAGAUAUUGCAUUAUUUUCCAACUUUCUCUUUGCAGUGCUGCUUCUUCCCUCAGCUCAAUCAUUGCCUUGGGAAUUAGUCAAAUUAUGUGUGGAUACGAUUAUGCCAUUUGAUAAUGGUGUUGUUGAGCUUUCUAAAAUGCUGCUAUGAACAGAUGGAUCAUGAGCAUGAAAGAAAAUGAGUGAAGACAUAGAGACACAACAUUCAUUUCACAUGCAUUGCACUGGCAGGAGCUUAUACUGACAAACCAAUAUUAUCUAUAGACAUCUAUUUUGUCAUCUGAUUCUAUUCAAAGCCCGAAUGGGCUUGAGAUAUCUGUAGAUAUUGCAGUGCAAGCUCAGAUCAUCUGACGUUUCCUUUCAAACAAACUUUUAAGAAAAUACUGACAGAUCGAUGGUCUCAUUACACUUUUACCUUCAUUGCAUUUCUUUGGUAUAAUAAUCUUGGUAAGUGCAGGAAUUACAUAAAUCCAUUACUGAGCUCCGUGGCAUUUUGCAGAGGCGAGAGGUGAGCGCUACUCGGCAGUUAUCACAACAGCGUCUCAGUGUUAUGAACUCUUUAAGAGGAGAGCUUUUUAAUAGGUUUAGGUCAACUGGGAGAGACCACUGGAGAGGGGGAUAUUAGGGGCUCGAAUAGGGGAAAGUAGCGUAAUGCGAACAGUUACCUCCAGAAAAUGUCAAACUCGUUGUUAAGUGCGAUUUUGUAUCAUCAUAAUAAGAGGAAUAUUUCGUGCACCACCAAAGCCAAUUCCAUCGUGCAUAUGGCCGCUUCUUUGUCAUCGUGCAUAUGUAUUUAUGGAAACCUCGCCUAAAUGGGUUACAUGGCCAAUCUUUUUACUCAAGGCUGUUCCAAAAUAAAUGAAAAAUACUGCAACUGCCAAUAUUUUUCAACUAUUCUAUGCACAUGCUGUUCGGAAAAAGAAAAAAAACAUACAAUAAAAUAAAAAAUACAUAAAUAGAUUUGGUGAACAAAGGAUACUUGAGUAGGCAUGUGCUAAAUGAGUGCCUCGCUUUUUUUCAGCCCACUGCUCAACAUAUUCUUCCUCGUCUCUUUUUGUCCUCCAUUGGUGCUCCAGUGGCCUGUCCAAAGUAAUAUUGCACAAGAGUGGCAGUCACAGCUAUUACUUCUCAGUUGGAUGGGGCAAACCACAGUUCUCAAGUGAUUUUAAAGCCACCUGAACUUCUCAAAGUUUCCACCUACCUAUUACAGGACAAGUGGACAUCAUUGUCCCCAGUGGGUCUUUAACAGGGGUUUUGCAAACCAUGCCAUAAAAUACUGCUUAAGCUUGAGGCUGUGUUUUGGAACAUGAUAGCUCUGAUCAUUAGCUGGCAGACCAGCUUGAACCACAGUUCAAGAUGUUUUUUGAGCAUGCUGGCUGGUCAGUGAGCUUCUAUGUUCCAAGGCACAGUUUCCAGAUUAAACUGGAUUUUGCAACAGGGAAUUGUAGUUGUAGAGAGUAAAGCCACCAGUGUAGGAGUAUCCAUGUGCUACUGUUGUAAUUUUUAGAACAUUUGGCUAAGAAGCUGCAAAACAUAACUUUAAUUUUAUUCAUCUAAAAUCUAGGCUACUUUUUGUUCUUGUGAAAUGCCUUCUUAGAAAAGCUGCUUUUUAAUAUUGUUCAAUAACUUAUUCAAAUAUUUCUAUAACUUCUUGUUGAAGAGGCAUAAUCCUAGAAAUUGACCUAGAUUUGACAGCAGUACAUGGGUCAAUGACAAAUAAAGAUGUCCAAAAUCAAAAGAUAAAUUUUAGCUUAUAGAGCUGUUCCAUAAAAAGUUCAAAAUCUCAUUUUAUUUUAUUUUGUAAAGUGUAGUGACCUUCACACAGCCUUUUUAAAUUGUGGGCUAACUUUUGCACUUUACUGUAACCUACAAAAAAAUAGAAAAUGACUUUUCAUUCAGAAAUUGAAAACAUUAUCAUGAAGAGGUCUUUAAGUAUUUGAAUGAGUUGUUUAAUGUAUUUUUACAACAACAACAAAAAAAAAAAAAAAAAAAAGGAAAGAAGGAAACCCUUUUCAGUUCGACGGUUACAUUAGGCCAACAGCAAGAAUGUCACCGAUAUAGCAACGUACACAGACAGACUGCAGGCCUUGAACUAUAAUUGUAGAAUGGAGUAGCCUGCUAUUUCAAGUGGCGCUCUCCAUGGUGCUGGACAACAGAGGACUUUUACCGCCAGCUCUGCGCGACAGGAUAGCAGAGCGUCUCAACUAUCUACUUGUUUGAGGAAAAUAUUCACAUUUGUCUCCGGGCCGUUUUACUUAAUGUUGUACAUUAUAAUUCGUUUUGUUUUCUAUCUAUUUGAUGAUGUUCUAUGAAGUGUGUUUUAUCUGUAUCAAAGUAUAUCUAGACUACAAGCAGCCGAGCUUAUGUUCUGGAAAAUGUGAUUUUUUUUGGACUGCAAUUACUUUACAGCCUGGUCAUUGUAAUGACAAAACUUUAAUGAGGUGAAAAAGUUAAUAAGGUGAUACUAUAACUUUAGCUCAAAAAACAAGGGGGAUAUUAAUUAGAGUUGCUUUCCACGUUUUAUGCUACAUGCUGCAGAGUAAUGCAUUGCCUUUGUACCACAUCAGUUAUUAGCAUGUCCAAACAAACGCACACAGUCAGUUAAUUGUUAGGCAAAUAUUUCUUAUGUCGCAAUGAACAACAGCAUGUUGUCAAAGUUUGUUAAAUAUCUUGUUGUAAAUUAGUUCAGUUUUACAAGACGUUCAUAAAACGAAAUGAAAGCAAACAGGCUGCAAUUCGAUGUCGAAUUUUUAGAGGUUGAUUUGACGGCGUCUGAAUAUAAAAAGGAUUUUUUCAUUUAACACUUUCCGUUCAUUUUCGUUAGGGGCGCGUUCAGAUGUCUACGAAAAUGUAGCCUAAUGCAUAGUGCUUUAGUUUUAAUUAGCUAAGAAAUUCAUAGCUUAAGCCUUGCUCUCCGUCGUUCCCGUACACUUAACGACAGCCCUGUUGAAGCGUCAGAACCGUAACUCUCCUUUUUUGGGGAAGCCCGUCAUAUCCUCUGUCCAUAUAUGGUCACGAAGAUGACACGCAGCGGGGAAUCCUCUCACUGGAGACAAUGAAUGGGGAGGAGGGCUGAUCGGUGAGACGGAGUGUAUAAAAGCCGAGCGAAGGGAAGCCGUUGGUGUGAGAAUCAACAGAUCUACACAUCUACAGAUAGCUGGAGAGCUAUAUUACCUUGACGCAGAUCUCAAAAAGGGGGAAUUCCAAAGUAUUUACAUUUCUUUUUUGGACGAACGCCUUCACGGACUUAAUUGUCGGAUCGGUUUUUGCUCUUUCUUGUGUUUGCAAUACCCCCUUAUCAAUAACCUGCUCGGACUAACAGCCAUUGGAAAGCCAUUCACGGAAAGAUGCUUAACAACAUGGAUUUGAACUCUCAAGAUUCUUUUUACUCCCAGUUUGAAAACUGUAACAGUUCUGCGAUAGGGAUGGAAACUCACGGCUCCAAAGACAGCCAGAAUGUUUUCAUGGAUUCUGGAAGGACAGCACCUGCCCAGUUUGCACACGGGGCGCCUAUUACCCCCAAAACGGAGCCCACGAGUACAGAUCAGUAUAACUCUUGUCAGGGUCCGAAAGAAAGCUACGCAACCUCCCUAGCUUACUCAGGCAGCUUCUAUGUGGAAACAUCUCAAGGAACACCUUGCAGCACAGAAACACUGCUCAACAUGAUCACCGAAAUCGUUGGCAUCUCAACUACCCCUGUGUCGGAUGCGCAUCAGUGUGCAGACGGAACGAUGAACGCGAGCCGUAGCAGCUUCGGCGACGAGGGGGUCCAGACGCAGGCCACCACCUGCACCACCACCCCUCCGCUGUAUUCCCCGGGACAGCCAGGCCACAGCUACCCGGACUCCCAGACCGCCACGCAGGCCCAAGACUCGGCUGCGUCGCAUUUAAACUUUGCCUCCUCAGCGCAAGACGCGGAGCCGCUGUCUGAGAGCGCGACGUUCCCGGUGGUCAUCAAAAAUGAAUUCGAGAGCAGCUGCUACGAGUGGGGGACCUUCAAUAAGUCGUACUUGGAUGCAGGCUUCCAGUCAGAGCCGUUCUCCAUGUCGAAUAGUUUUCAAGCUGAUCAACAACAGGUGGACGUGAAAGAACUUUUGGACUCUUAUUCUCCCAUUUGCACAAACCCAGAGACUGAAUUCAAAGUGGAGAGUACCCUUAAACAGGAGCAGUGCUUUGGAGAUACUUGCACACAGGGCUUCAGUGCUCCCAUGUUUAACUACUCCACUCCAGUUAUGGAUAUCCCACCCACCAGUCUUUUAAAACCGACCAUUUUUCCAAAUAUUGAACUUCAGUCGAGUUGCGACACAACCUACUCGACUUCCACAAUAGACUCGGUACUGUAUUCAUCAUUAUUGCCGGAGUCUUUCAGUCAAACUUACACACGGGCUCAGAAGCCUAGUCGUGUAAGAAAGAGCCCCGCUUCCUCUACCGGACCGGCCAAGGAGAAACCCUUCACGUGUCCGAUGGAGACCUGCGACCGGCGCUUCUCACGGUCGGAUGAGCUCAACAGGCACAUCCGCAUUCACACGGGACACAAACCUUUCCAAUGCCGCAUCUGUUUGCGGAGCUUCAGCAGAAGCGACCAUCUGACCACGCACACCCGCACUCACACCGGCGAGAAACCCUUUUCUUGCGACGUGUGCGGCAAACGCUUUGCCAGGAGCGACGAAAGGAAACGGCACGGUCGGGUGCAUCUCAAACAGAAAGAAAAGAUGGAGUUGAAGCCACAAGUAGUCAACGCGUGGCCGUUCACUCUGCCCGAGGCCAUUUAAGCGACAAUUGUGGAAGGCGUAAUGAGCGCUCGUUGUGCGUGAUGUCAAAUCUUACCGUCUUGGAAGAUUCAAGCUUAUUAAAACAGUUGCUUAGGCUACAGAUUACAACUCCAAAGCUCAAGUGAACGUCGUGGCAACUGAUUCAAGCGACCCGCAUGAGCGUAAAGGUCCACUGAGGUGACGGAUCCCUUUUUCGCGAAAUAGGGAAUAGAUAGAAUUUUAAAACUGGACCUCCCACAUUGAACUUUGCGUGCAGCUUGAGGUGUGUGCAGCAAGCGCAUAAACUUAAAACGAGUGUUUUUUUUUUGUUUGUUUUUUUAUAUAUAUAUAAGUUGUCCUCGACCAUUAUAUUUCUUAAUCGAGGAGCGUGUUUUGCAGAACACAUGAACUGCAGUUCAGCACUUUCACUAUGGAACAGCUCCAACCUCGACCUUGCAUUGUAAUGCGGCAGUAAAACGCACAGCUGGAAUGUAUUGCACUUAUCUCCACUUUCGAACUUAAAAAUGGUUUUAAUUCGUGCUUUUUGGUCUUUUCUAUUCUAACGCUGUCACCUGUUUAAGAAUUCUUUAAAAAUGCAUGUAAAUGUUUACGUGAUAUUAAUAAUCACUGAUAGAUGCUUCAUAGCACAAGUCAGAUUUACCUCGUUUUACAACAUGGUGGCAUUAUUGAUUCAUUUGUGCCAAGGUUUUUACAACGUAUUUUCCCCUUUAUAUCUGUUUCAUUUUGUUGCUAUGCUCUAUCGAUUAGUAAUUGUGUUGUACAAUUAAACAAUCCAGUUCUACUGUUGUCAAAUUUACACAGCGAGUGGGAAGAAAUAAAUACAUUUAUAUGCCAAUGAUCAUUUGUAUUUUUCUAACAAGUGCUACUUUUUACAUUUUAUUUUGAACUGAAAGACUAUUUAUAUCUUUAUUUUCAAUGUGUCCCUUGCGUUAUGGAAAACACAGGGCAUGCAUAAGAUGUCUUGAAUUUCUUCAGUCCAUAAUGUAUUGAAUGUAUUAAGCCAUUUUUAAUACCAUUGUCUGCCCUAGGUAUCUGCUAUUCGAUAACAGGUACUCUCGUUUUUUUACCAGACCACAAUUGUGUGUUAUUGUGUGACCAUGUGACCCUAAUUCAUGAAAUAUGAAUUAUCCAGUUCACAUGGCUCCUAUAUUUUGUGAUGUGUUGAGAAAAAAGUAGAAUAGCACAGGGUUCCACACUGCUGUUGAGUGAUUAGAAAGCAUACGUUGCUGCAGUUUUCAAUAGUUCUUUCACAUGAUGCUAGAACAGUUUCAACAUGCCUUUCAGUCUAAAAGCUUUUGUAUUGUACUAGCUGAAUUAUUCAAUAGAGAUAAUGGGGAAAAUGUAGAAAAUGUGAACUUGCCUUAAGUUAUAAUAAUUAUACUACAGAAAUGACUUUGUACAUAUCAAGACCGUUUAUACGCAAUACUUUGGAUGAACAUUGAUGUUUGUUAUUUUUAUGACGAAUA